ACUGGCUGCAGGACUGCGGGAAGAACAGUACCUUGGCUCCUCUAAUUCACAGAUGAAAUGAUGCUAAGGGACCUUUCAACACAAGAAUGAGAAGAGGGAAACAGCUAUGGGUCUAGUCCCUAGUCAUUGAGAACUCUGCCCUAGAAGGCAAUGUAAGGAGGAUUUAUUUUGUGCUUGUUUUUAUAGUUUAUAAAAUGUGUUGUCCUUGUUAUUCUAAUUUUACUCACAGUUCAUUGACUUCAAAGCCAACUAGUCAUCCUCAACAUAAUGGAAGAUAAAAGAUGAUGAUAAUAGGAAUGUUUUGCAGGUUACUGGGUUUUAAAGUGCUGUACAGGUGUGAACAGGAGAAACCCUUGGCUCAGCUACUGUCUUUAUCUCAUUAACUACUCUUGAGUCUUAUCAAUUUACGUGUGCAUUUGAUGAAUGUCCAAUUGUCUGACAAGGUGCCACAUAUUUUCAAAUAUGCUCCUUAAUUUCAAAUAUACUACAUUCUAGUUGAAAUGAAUAAAUUCACGGAAAUACAAAAUUGUAAGCUCAAGAAAUAUGUUCUACAAAAUUGUAAGCUCAAGAAAAUCUAUGUUCUACAAAGAUAAACUCUCAUCUAAAACUUAAAAAAAGAUGGUCUGGUGAGUGAAAAGCCUCCAAGAGUCGAGCCCAAUUCUUGUGCUACUACCUGUGUAGCAAAUAAGUGAAAUUCCGUGGUAGAUUCCUUCCCUAUAAAGUAUAACCCUUGAAUAAUGAAGUGUCAAAUAAUAAAGUGUGAUGUUUAAAUGAGAUGAUAUAUAGGUACAUGCUUUGUACUCUAGAAUGGCGUACAAAUGGUCUGAUUUAAAAGGAGUUUUAUACCUACUUGUAAUUUCAUAAAAUCUAUCUAUUGGCCUACUGAUCUAUCUGUCUUUCUAUCUACCUCUAUUAGGAAAAAGUAUGAUCAGAAAUAAUAUACACCAACUAUUGGAAAGUGAUUACCACUAGAAAUCGAAAGAGUAGAUACAAUGAUAAUCAAUGAGACUUUAGUUAAACUUUUAAUGUUUUAUUAUUUAUUUAAGAUUCUGUUAUUGAUUAUUUAACAUUAUAUUUCUUCCUGAAGCUAAUAUAUGGCAUAUGGUUCAAAUGUGAAAGCCAGGUGGUGAGACAGGGGUACCUGUCAUAGUUCUUUUCUAUAUUUUGAAAAACUUUCAAUAUUUAAACUCAAAAAGGCCAUAAAUCUAUUGACAUGCUCACAUUUGUCUCUGGAAAGGGAUUUGUUAGAUUUAGAAAACAUUUCCAAUUUUCUGAUUUUCUAAUUCUCUUUAGUACGUAUGUAAUAGAGUCAUGCACCUCUUAUUGACACUUUAGUCAGUGACAAACUGCAUGUACAACAGUAGUCCCCUAAGAUUCUAUCACCAAGUGACAUUAUAGCUGAUCUGGGUUGUGUAAGUACACUCUAUGAUGUUUGCACACUGAUGAUAUCAUCUAAUGGCAUGUUUCUCAGAACAAGGAUAUGCAUGAUUGCACUUUUUAGUUGUAAUGGGAAAAUUAAAGAAAUUAAAGGAUAAUAAUGAUGAGAAUGAUUGAUGAUGGUGAGAGAACACUUGGCCUUUGGUAAGCAGAUAGGAAGAAGACAGGAAAAGCACACUCUAAGCAUGACAUUCUGAGGUGCCAUGGUCUUCAAUUCUUAGGCAGCCACAGCCACAGAUGCACCAGGUACAUACAUUCACUGUUUAUCUGUCCACUUGGUUGCCCUGGAGGCACUUUGCAAAUUUGAUUCCAAGACCCAAAGUUUCCAUUUUCUUUCCAUUUUCAAUACCAAAUAUCCUCUGGUAGCAAGAAGGCUUUCUUUUCUCCAAGUUCUCUAAGAAAAUCCACCACCUUCUUGGACAAUUUAGUGUCAGUCUCUCAGUGCAACUGAAAUCUAGUGGCACUCCUUUCUGCUACAGGAUUAGAACAUGCACAUCUUUACAAAUCAUGGCUCUCCUGUUUUCUUUCUCCCCUUACACUGUCAAGGAAUUUUCUGGGACAAAAAAAUCUUGCUCAUGAAUCAUCAGGAGUAAGAGUUCAGAGCCCAGAAAUCAUCAUGAGGGCUUCGACUUAAAUCUCUGCAGGCAGACAUCUAUGUAAACUGCUGAAAGGAGCUCAAAAUAGCCACAUGCUUCUUCUCACAAUCCGAUUCCACACACAACUAUUUGUUUAUGAAUUGGAUCUACAGGAAGAACAGUACCUUGGCUCCUCUAAUUCACAGUUGAAAUGAUGCUAAGGGACCUUUCAACACAAGAAUGAGAAGAGGGGAGCAGCUAUGGAUCUAGUCCCCAGUCAUUGAUUUUCUUGUCUACACAAUGACUUAUGAAUGUGUGGGACCUGGGUGUAGGCCAUGAAGUUUCAAAUCAUCAUGCUCAGUAAGAAGGCAUCAAUAGAUCCAGCUCAUGUUCAUACUCUGUGUUAGAUUCCCCCCACCACACACACAGGAAAGCUCACUGCCCCAAGCUGGUCCCCCAAAAGAGAAUACAAAAUGACUGCAACUAGAGAAGGGCAUGACUAGAGAACUGUAGGAUGAGUACCCAAUAAAGACUGUGUCUACUGAAUAGCAAAUUUUAUUGAAGUAUACAUAUCAUCAGUUUUUGUUUGUUUGUGUUUUGUUUUGCUUUGCUUUUGGGCCUACUGAGGAUUGAACUCAGGAGUGCUUUAUUACUGAGCUACAUCCCCAGUCCUGUUUUGUGUGUGUGUGUGUGUGUGUGUGUUUUUUAAGACCGGGUCUUGCAAUCCUCCUGCCUCCAUCUCCAAAGUCACUGGGAUUACAGUUGUGCACCACUGCACCCAGCACAUGUUUGAUUUCAAUACAAAUUAUAUUGAAGUAUAAUAUACUUUAUGGAAAAUCAGUGAGCAUUAAGUAUAGAGCUCAGUGAAUUUUCACAAAAGGAACGCAACCCAGAAACCUGAAGAAGACCAUUACCAGCACUCCAAAAACCCCUUUCUGUCUCCCUCUAUUUACUACCCCGCCUACCAGGGUAAUCAAUAUCUUGAUUUAUAAUAUUAUAGACAAGUUUUAGAAUUUUUAAACUUUAUGUAACAGAAUCGUGCAAUAUAUACUAUUUUAUCUGUUUAUUUGUUUAGCAUUAUAUUUGUGAUGUUUAUCCAUGCAUUUACAUGUAGCAGUAGAUCAUUCUUUUUUAUCCUUCAGUAGUAUUAAAUUACAUAAUUAUCAUUAUAAGUUUUUCCAUUUUACACUAAGUAGAGAUUCGGGGGUUUCCUUUUUGGAUUAUUAAUGACUAGAGUGUGUGUGUGUGUGUGUGUGAGAGAGAGAGAGAGAGAGAGAGAGAGAGAGAGAAAAUAUGCACCAUCAUUUCCAUUGGGUACAACCUAGAAGUGGGAUAGUAGUCUGUUUUAAUUGUAGUUCUGGUAAUAGUAUGCCUUAGGAAUUUCAUCUCUAAUCCUAAAAUCCAAAUACUUCAAAAUCUGAAAUGUUUUGAGGGCUGACAUGAAACCAUUAGUGGAAAAUUCCACAUCUGACCUUAUGGGAUAGGUCACAGUCAAAAUGCAGUACACUAAAAAUAUCACAUAAAAUUCCCUUCAGGCUAUGUGUACAGAGUGUAUAUAAAACAUAAAUGAGUUUCAUGCUUAGAAUUAGGCCCCAUCCCCCAAGAUAUCUCAUUAUGUAUAUGCAAAUAUUCUAAAAUUUUAAAAACCCAAAUUCUGAUCUCAAGCAUUUUGGAUAAAAGAUUCUCAACCUAUAGCGUAUAGCAAUAACACAAGCAUAAAAUGCAAUAUAAAUCUAAUAUUCUAGUAUUAGAUGACUAUAUUAAUUACGUAGCAUUUUAGCACUCAUAGUAAAUAUUAAUGUUUAUGAAUUUUUAAAAUAUUUUAAUAUAUAUACACGUUUGUAGUAUUACAUUACAACACAUUUUUGUGUAAUUAUGUGAAAGGACAAAAGUAUAUAUUUGUACUUCUAGUUGUAUUAUUAGAGUUACUUGUUCUUAAUUAGCUUAAGCUUCAAUACCUUUCAGUAUUGAAGGUACAAGCAAAAGUUGUCUAGAUAUGUAAUGAUUUAUCUUGUAAAAUGUAAGUGCCACUUGAUCUCACUUGAUUUGAUUAAUUAAUCCCAUUGCUGUUGUUAAACAUCCUGUCAAGUAAUACUCCAAGAGCCUGAGAGGUAUCUGAAUUGCUGGAGAUGGAUAAAAGGGGAGGCUUGUUUAGGGCCAGCUCCAGACUUUUUCCCUGCUAACUCAUCAUUCGAACCUUUUUCCUCUCUAGCCGCCACUUGAGAUUACAUUCAAAGCAUCGUGCACAACUGCUGUUUUAAAAACUUUCAGGAAAGCAAACUCUACAAAUCUCACUACAUACCGGUGCCUGAAGUGGACUUAGCUCAUGAUAAAAUCUAGAGAUCUGAGGCCCUUACACAGUGUUUGAGAACACUCUAGCAACAAGAGGCCAAGUCUGGAACCAGAUGUGCUAGUCCCAGUUCAAAGCUUUUUCACAGAUUACUUCAAUCACCUGUUUUGAAAGAGAGCAAAUUCCUUCCUUGUUUAUAAAACCGAGUUGUUUCUUACCACCACUUAUGCUGAUUUCCGUUUGUUCUUCUGGUAGAGAUGGUAAAUGUUUGAUAAGACCAUAUCUCAAAAUCUUAAAAAUAACCAGGGUGCAGUUCUGCUGUUUCCUGAAAGACAUGAUACUGAGCAAGAUGGUGGUUCCAAGAAAAAGGAGGUGUGGGUAGAUAAGGUGAUUUCCUAAAAUCUUUAAGGAAAAAAAAUGAUGUUUGUGAUUUGGAAAAUAUGGCACCAAAACCCCUCUUCUAUAAAUGCAUGUAGUUUUUCUUCUUUAUUCCCUAUUUUGUAUUUUACCUAAAGACUGAAGAAUCAUUCCAAACCUGGCCUUAAACAAUGUCGCCAGGACAAUGGCAGUACCAUCAAAAUAUAGUGCAUUCCAAUCCCAGCUCCUCAUUGACACUUCUAUAAAUUUGUCCAUCAAGUAACCACCGUCUUAGCUUUCUCCAAAAGAAAAGCAAAUUAAGUACUGCUGACUCCCGUUGGAAAAUAAUAUGAAUAUGUGAGAAAUCAUUCACGAAAAGUCCAAUAAAAACUGUAGUGAUUUCAAUGUGUAAGAUGAUUUUUGGAUUUUAGAGACUCUGAAGAGGGGCUUUGUGAAGAAGCAGGACAAUCCAUCUACAAUGAGUGCUACAGCCAUGGGGCCAGCUUUGAGGAUGACUUGACCCUUGGAGCAGAGGCCACACUGCUGGCCGCCAAUGGAAAACUCUUCCCAAAGAGUUUUCUCCACACACCCAGGCCUGGACAGCUACUUGAUCUUGGCUGUAGUUUGGCAUCCAGCAGCAUGACUGGUGGGACCAACAAGACUAGUUCAAGCAUCUCAGAGAUUCUGGACCAGGUGCAAGAAGAUGCAGAAGAUGUCCUCUUUAGUCUGGGCUUUGGCCAAGAGGACCACAAAGACACUUCUCGGAUCCCUGCAAGAUUUUUCACCAACCCCUCUCAGGCCAAGGGCAUCGAUUUCCAGCUCUUCCUGAAGGCUCAGGUGCGGAGGAUUGAAAUGGAGGACCCCUGCCUCAUGUUAGCCAGCAGGUUCAAGCAGGUGCAAACCCUGGCUGUCACUGCUGAUGCCUUCUUCUGUCUCUACUCCUACGUGUCUAAGACACCUGUCCAAAAAUUCACACCAUCCCAUAUGUUCUGGAAUUGCAACCCAACGGAUGUGCCAUCCAUCAGGAUUCUGGCCCCAGAGUCUGAGCCCCACUCACCCAGAGAACGCCUCCGGAAAGCUAUCUCCAAAAUGUGCCUGUACACAGGUUCCCGGGAUCGGUUGUCUCCACCCCGCAACACCCCCAAAAGAAACAGUUUGGACCAAGUAGUGUGGGAAGUAAUGGACAGAGUGAGAGAAGAGAAGCUGGUUCUCCAGAAAGGCCCUGGGUUUGAGGAAGGUCCACAGGAAGAGACUGCCGGCCCUACAAGGGAUUCACAGCUUCCUGCUUCCUCUCCAUGUGUCUUCUACCCUAAAGAGGAAACACAGCAACGGAUGUCCACAGUUAUGGCCCCAUCACAAGAUCUGGAUUCUAACCCCGAGACACCCUGUUGCAUAUAUUCUCUAACCAGAGCGAAUCCACAAUGGAGCACAAACUCUGCACAGGUAAGGAGAGAGCUGUGGGGUCUACAGGCUACCAAUAAGGAAGCUCAUUCAGCCACGAAUGAGAUAGUCUGGAAAAGAAAGAGCAAAGCAAGAAAGAGCCUAUUUCAAAAGAGUUCCUUGGACAAGAAGGUUAAGUCAUUGGACUUGUCAAUCAUCCAGCAAAAAUGGAGGCAGAACCAAAACAGACCAGAACUGCACCGAUCUCUAACCCAGCAGCCUCAACACACUUUGUACUUAGAGAAGGUUCAAAGCAACAGUGAGGAAGAGGAGGAGGAGAGCCACUGGCCCAGCAGACCCAGACACUCUGACCUCUACCAGACUUUCCCUGGCAAAAACUCAAGAAGCUUUCUCCACCACCACAGCAGCACAUGCUCCGACAGCAGUAGCUUCUCAGAAGAGCCUAACUCCCACCUCUUCUUGCCCUCUACAUCCAUGCCCUCAACAUUCAGCCGCUGCUCCCUGGCACUCCAAACCCCUGAAUUCAGCAGGGGAAAGACAAGCUGGAGCACGAGAAAGGAGACCACACUGAGAGAUCGGGACUCUGCAUCCUGAUGCUGUGGCAAACUUCAUGCUCAGAGAAGAACCCCAGGCACAUAACUUCAUUGUUCUGCACGUUGGUUUUUCUACUUGAUAGGUUUUAGCUACAUGACAUGGACAGUGAUAAACUGGACAAAGACAUAAUUUUCUCCCAAACUCUGACAUUGCUGAAGGCAGAAGAUUUAAGGAUGACUAAGUUUGGGGCAUAAGGUUUGCUAGUGAAAUGUUCUCAAAGGGUUCAAGCUAAGAGAAGAAGGAGAAAUCCCACCUUCUGGUUUUAAAACCUUGGUACAAAGCACAGUGGAAUUCCCUGUGGACUUCACUUAUCCCUAUGUGCUCCUAAUUAACUUCCAUAAAAUUUUCCACAACCCCAGAGUCCUAUUUUUCUUCAUGAGGACUUAUCAGAUGAGAUCUAUGUGGCACCUCCCCCUUGAAUCCAGCUCCUCCCUCUAUCUAAAAUUUUGUAUCUUCCUAGGAAAACAGAGGAGUUGGAUUCUGGGUUCUUACUCUUGGCCAUUGCAAAAAAAAAAAAAAUCGCAAAUUUUCUGCUGGCAGAAAACAAUCCGAAUAAAAAUAUUCUUAAUUGUGUUUUUUAAA